GCUCGCUCUUGACUCGCACUAAUCCUCCUCAGCCACUUCACAUCUCAGUCAGCUCCAAUUAAAAUGUGUCUCGACGGAAACAACGCGCCUCACUCGGCUCACUACAUAAAUGCUCAGCUUACAGCUCUAUAUGAGAACUCCGAGGAAUGUGUAGCACACCACGCCCACGGCCUCAAGGCCCAUGAGCGAGUACGUUUUGACUUCGCGCUCGCAGAGUUCUUCUACAGCCACCGAGGAAGGGUCGCAGCGGUGGAGGACAUGCUAUAUGCUGCCGAGUUCCACAGACCUGAGCUUGAGUUCGUCUGCAACCACGAGGUCAUCAUCCGGUUCCAUAUUCACAACGGACAUCUCAACCUCGACUACGCGAAGUCCGUGCAACCAGGUUUCUCCCCCAGCCGGGAUCGCAAUGUAACUCUCAAUGACGUUGAAGUUGCGUUCCGGGUUCCUUUCAGCACAAGCGGUAUCGCUGGUAGCACGUCGAAGAUUGGCAACGGGGUGCACGUCAUUAAGCUGAUGAUCCUUGAUACGACCAAGGCCCGCCUUGCAUCCCACGUGCAUGUCCAGGAUGGCCAUAUUCGCGAUGCUCUGGUCUUUUACAUGACCAAGUACAUCGCGUAUCUCCAGAGGGCAGGCCGCCACGUGUUCUACUCACUACCUGACUUCGACAACGACGGUAAGGAGCUGUUGAUCGAUUACUCAUCAACCUGUAAGCCCGAGUAUCUGAACUUCGAGGGUAUCGACUUCCGCGGGGUAUCCAUCGAGAAAAUCAACAGUAACCUCUCUUCAGCAUGGCUCCAGGCCGCGAUGCUUGCGGAACGCUAUGCGGAGGGAGACGUCCAUAUCGGUUAUGAGUCUGUUUGUCUGGCGGAAUACCGCAGCACGUGGACCACUAUCGGGAACGAUACCGGCUUCCAGUUUAAGAUCAUGUUCGACGCGCCUCGAGUGAAGAUGCUCUGUGAUCGCGAAGCUGUAUUGUACUUCAAGAUUGGGGAAGUUAGCUUCUUUGACACGGAUGACUUCACUCACGAACCGCGUCAGACUUACGAGAAUUUGGAGAUCGCUUUCCUCGUCGACCUCGUAUACGAAGUCAACUCAGAGGGUAUCAUUGUUGACAUCAGAUUCGACCUCACCCAACGUCGCUUCUGUGAACACCUCACCUUCUACGGCGAGGUCGACGAGACAACGGAGACUUUCUAUGACUACCGGGAUACCCUCAUCCACUUCUUCAACGAAUACUACUUCUCGAUCCUCGAGGGCGCGAAACAUCACAUUAUCUACACUCACACGAAGACCACCACCACUAUCACCAUCGAUGUGGACCGCGAGAUCGCUGACUGGCGUGCCAUCGAUCUCGAGAAGCACAAGGAGAGCAUCUCCAUCAUCCGGGAGGAGCGCAUAACAAAGACGCAGAUGUUCGGAUUCGAUUAUAUCCAGGCGAUUACACAGUCGUCGAUCGUGGAUUACUUCGAGAGUAUCUGGCGGCAUGCGGAGGGGUCUACCCUUGAAUAUCUGGGCUGCUUGACGAAAUGGUCGUACGACCAAUACUUCGAGUCGAGCUUCGGGCCCAUCAGAGUCCGUCUUCUGUCCAAUGACAAGGCCAUCGUCUGGAUCCACCUCCAGGAAGGACAUUUGCACACUCUGAAGAACAGGCAACCGUUCGCUUCGGGCAACCCUAAUGCCUUCAGCGACUGGCACCUGGCCUUUGAGGUUGAUAUCAAGAUGGUUGACCACGAGGAUCUGGUGGCGCACUGCGGAUCCUGGGCUACGAGAUUCAAGGACUCGCCCGCCGCCAAGCAUCACAGUCAACAGGGUCAUGUUCAUUUGACUCACAUUAUCCUGGACUUCAGCACGGCCGAGUUCGUCUAUGAUCUCUGCAACUUCCACGGGCUGUUUGAAGGUGGCGGAAGACAUGCCAUCGCCCUGCUCCAAGCGGCUAUCCAUUAUAUGAAGCAGCACUACUUCCCAGCCUUGGUCAACCAUGGUCACCACGUCCUGCACACGAUCCCUGUCUGGGGAUCUCGCUUGGACAUACCCGCGUAUGGGUUAACUUCCAUCAGGUUCCAAAUUUAUUCCAAGGAGAAGUACACCCGACACAAUUGCCUCAACGUGUCACCGUUCUUCCAGCCUGUCAUCAUGAUUCUUGGGAUGUGCGAUUUCCGUGACUGGCCUCGCGAGCAUUUGGAAUACAGCGCAGAGUGGGUUAUUGCCCAUGAGAGGAUAACUCACGGGACCGUCGCCAUCUCGAGGCAGCGCUUCUUCGAGGAGUGUCUCUUGGAGAAACUUGCCAUAGUCAACAAGAGUACGGCCAUCGUCCCCACUUUUUCGGGCGUCGAAAGCGGCGAGUGGCAAUUGGAGGUCGCGACUUGGCUCGAACAUGAUCGGAAGAGGAACAGCAGCGUGACCUGGCAGCUCGUGAAAGAGUCCCACGAAGCGAUGGACUAUAAAUGGGAGCACGGGGACGAGUGGACUUACGAGCAUCAUGGCAUGUCGCGGGACACUAACAAUGGGGUUUAUUGGGUGCGGAGCCACACUCGCAAUGACCUGACGAUACCGACGUCGUUCAAGCAUGGUGGUCUCGAGAUCAAGCUCAAGGGCCAAGUAACUCUGGAGAUCGGGUUUAAGAGCCACGAAAAGCAGUGGAGCACAAAGGCCGUUGCAAGCUGGAACACGAUCAUGGCUUUCGUUUCCGAGCACAGCGGCGUCGGCAUCCGCGUCUACGGCGAAACGCGCCCUGCCAUCAGCACGUCGCACGUCCACAGCGAGCUCAUCAAUACCCGCUUCACAGCCCUGAAGAAAUUGCUCGAGACCCACCUCCCGUCCAAGAUCGACCUUGCGGACCUUGCCCAAGAGCUGCAGUCCUCCUUCUGCGGCGAGUGGAAGCUCUGCUACCCCGGCCUUGGUGCCUACUGCCUCACCAACCCGGUGUUCAACCGCCACGGCGACAUUCUGUUCGAGACUCGACCCGUCAGCGUUUCGCCUGGUAUUCACCCGAGAGUCGGGAUGGCCGGCGCGGUUGGCCGCGGUCUUCCUUCUCCGCUCUCUUCUCGCCCCGGUUCAAGGCAGCCAUCAUACGCUGGUGCGCGGACGCCGCCCAGGAGCCCUAGGGCCGCCCAGAGCCCUAGCACUGGCCCGAACAGCGCCCUCAGCCCGUUGAAGACGCCAGUUGACUUCACCCAGAAAGCUGCCCCGUCACCCACCGCCGCUCCCAAAGCUGUAUCUCCCACGAACGGGUCAGCUACCGGAAACGGUGCCGCUCCCGCUGGUCCCAAGCUAGCUGAGCCCGCCAAGCCUGCAGGGGGUGUUGUGCGCACCGACGGCAAGUCCGCUCCCAGUGCCCCAAAACUCGCCGAGCCCGCUAAGCCAGCUGGGGGAGUUGUGCCCAAAGACAAUGGCGUCCCCGGCCUCGCUGAACCAGCCAAGCCUGCCGGGGGUGUCGUGCCCAACGGCAACGGAGCAGCCACUGGGAACGGCGCUUCCCCCGCCGGCGCCGCCGCGGGUGCCGACGCUUCCCAUCUGGAGGAGAUUUGAGGCGACCGCGAGGUGGGCGUCCGAGGGCGCAGCACGGGCCUAUAAUAUAUUGGGUGAAAUGAUUUCACGCAUUGGCCAAGUUUUGGAAUGGACUUCAAGUUCUCUAUCGUAUCGUCUCUUCAAUCCUCCACCUCUCCUUCCUGUGCAUCAACCUUCUCUGCAGUAUGAAAUUUAGUAGUCAGUAUAUUGCGUAUGUUGCUACACACGUUUGUAUUUCCAUCAUUAAUCAACACCCUUUGCUCUCGAAA